AUCCUACCAAAACCCAUUGCUGUCAGUCAGUGGUUCUGCAUUCUCAAGUCCAGGCAAAUCGUGUGUGUCGAAUCGCAUCGAGGACAUGUUGCGAAGAUAUGCGACAGUAGCGUCCAAGCCUCUUUCUCGGCUAGGCGCUCGUGGGAAAAGUCCUGUUAGCCUCGACCACUUCAUUCAGCGACAGCGCGUGCUGGCAUUGUGGCGAGACAUUGUGCGGAGUACGGCCAACAUCCCCGAUGAAGCGGCAAGGAAGGAUAUGCGACAGUUUGCAAGAUCAGAGUUUGAACAACAUCGUCGAGUAACUGACCUAGGCCACAUUCGAUACUUAAUCUCCCAUGGAAAAACGCAAUUUCAGGCAAUGAAAGACACUCUGAUCAACUCUGGUGUACUCACCGAAUAAAAUCUAUUUCAUACGU